ACAAUUAAUGGAAUUGGUCAGGUUCGAACAAACCGGACGAAACCCGUAUUUGCCCACUCUCCUUCCGUAUAAAUAAAUUAGCAAUUCGGAAAUUGUGUUCGAAGAAUGGCGUUUAGAGGAAGAGGGCGCGGCCGUGGCGGUUUCGGCGGUGGCGGUUUUCGUGCUGCUAAGCAAGAGCCGUUUGAAUUGUAUCCGGAAAUUGAAGAUUUAGGAACUGCAGAAUAUUCAACUAGAAAUUUGCAAUUAAUAAAAUGGUAUUCAAAUUUGCAAAAAUACUGGAAUUCCUCUCCUUACUACUACGAAGGUGGAAGCGAACGCACUAGGAAUGUGCAAAAACCAGAUGUGGAAAGGUUGUCCGACAAAAAUUCGCAAGUCACAAAUGCCAAGCCCCCGCUUUGGCACUUCAUUAAGUUGGACACUGAUCAUGUUCCUGCAGAACUAGCUAGAGGUGAUAAGAAGGAAAAACUCGGCAGCAAAAAAGUGAGAUGGAACCCGGAAUUAGCAGGCAUGCACAAAUUGGAUCUCUUUGAGAAGCUUGAACAGAAGCAUCAAGGCCAAGAAGGAAAGGAAAAUAAAGAAAAUGAAGAUCAGGAAGAAGACGAUGAAAGAAAUGAAGAGGAAGCAGAAGAAGAAUUUAGUGAUGAGGGUGAUUAUGAGCAGAAUGAAUAUUUUGAUGAUGAUGAAGAUGACUACAAUAUGGCCGAUGACAAUGAUGAUGAGCCCUUCUUUUAGGUUCCGAUAAUGGGAAUCUUUCAUCCAACUUGCUUCGACCUGGCUUUAAUUUUGCACUAUUGGAGCCUUACUUUGAUUCCUUGCCCUUUAAGAUCAACAUGCCAGGAGGACCUUAGAAUUGUUUUGCUAGAAGAUGGAAGGAAAACAGCUCAAGGGGUGAGAUGUUUGUUCAACUGCAAGAUCUGUUCAGUUUUGCACAUAAAAGAAGGAAAAGUGGAACAAGCUGAAUUGGCAGAAUUUUUAACUCUUUCAUAUUUAUAUUUUAUUUAUAUGUGAAUUACCUGAAGGUUUUUCCUUUCUACGUUCUGCCCAAGGUUAUGUGAUGAGGACAUUUACUUUUUGUUUAUUUUUAAUUGGACUUUAUUUAUGUUUUAGAUUUUAUUUAUGUAAUUGGGCUUGUAUUGAUUUAAGUCCAUUCUACUUAA